AUGGCGCCCAAACGCGCUGCACGCCGGGCCGGCGCGACUCCUGCACGAUACCAGGAAACACCACGCCAGGGAUCCUGGCUUGAUACUAUAUCCAACAUCCCGAUCGGAGCAACGUGGGAAAUAGGCGCAUCUACGACAACCGCAUUACCCGACGACAACUAUCUACAGCCUGAUUACGGGUAUAACGGGAUGGGCGACGGCGUGACUCGGGAGCGAGCUGCUGCGAAGAAAGGGCGAAAGCGCGAACCAACGCCCGACCAGGCUCAGCUUCAGCAAUCACUAUACAGUGCGGUAUCAGACCAACACUCCGACAAAACUCCUUCACCUCCGAUCCAACAUUCUAUCUCGACCGAUUCCAGUCCAGUUCAACCUCCUUCGCAGCGUCGAUUAUCAAAUUCCCCUAUGUAUCCGUCACCACUUCAGCGGCCGGGCCACAGUGGUCGAAUGAAUAGCUCGCCAUUUCGCCAUAGCUCUGUUGACAAUGCUUCUGUGGCAUCUUGGAACCUGGAGCGGGAUAUCAACGAUGAUGACUUGCAGAGGACGCGGCCGAGCAGUCAUGGGCACAACAUCACAGCGCCCCCUCGACGUGUUUCUGGGCUGGCUGGCAUUUACGAGGAGAAUGAAGAUGUCAAGUCGGAAUACGCAUCCAGUGUUUAUGAAUACCAGGACGUUCCCCAAGUAGGCUUUUUACGUCGAUGGCUAUCGUCCGAGGGAACGGAAGGUUCCCAACGGAACUGGGCUCGGACUGUGUGCUUGCUACUGUUAGUUCUGAGCUUGAUGUCUAUGCCCCUGCUCGUCCCGAAGGCUCGCGAUUAUCUGUAUCCCGACGAAUUCGACUGGGUUUCUUCGGAGACAAGCCUUCCCAAACAGGAGGUUAUUCACAGCCUCCGGAAUCAGGUAUCCAAAAUGGACGUUCAAAUGUCAUCCUUAUCGAAGGAGAUGAGCUCUGUUCGGUCGCUUUCCCUCAUCCAUGAUUCGACCCCUACAGAUGCAAUCCACCGGAAGCCGGUGCACAAAGUGAACUUCCUGUCAGUAGCAUUGGGCGCCAUAAUCGAUCCAGCGAAUACCUCCCCUACACUAGGAUCGAAGCGCAGCGCUUCCAUGCGGGCCGUUCUCUGGGCGAGUUCCUUCAUUACGAGGAUCCCAGUCCGAUCACAACAAUCCCCCACGUCCGCCCUUACCUCCUGGGAAGAAGUCGGCGACUGCUGGUGCAGUGCCCCUCGCAACGGCACGUCACAACUAUCCGUCCUCCUCGGCCGCGACAUCGUAGCCGAGGAACUGGUCGUCGAGCAUAUCCCCGUGGGCGCCUCUCUCGAACCCGAGGCAGCACCUCGCACCAUCGAAGUAUGGGCCCGCUUCAAAGUAAACCGCCACAAAACACCCGUCAAGGCCAAAUUAACACCCGAAGCCGCACCGGGCCGCACUGGCUUUUUCAAAGUCUUCGGCGACGCUACAGUCUCACAAACGCCCCCAUCGACCGAUGCCCCUUCGUCCCGGGAAACGGGUCUUGGUGGAUUCCUCAUACCGGGGAUCGGGACCCUGCACGGGCUCCUCAUGGAUCUGUUGCAGCGCAGUAAUCCGUUCGAGGACCCGAGCGCUUACUCGGACGACCCGAUUCUCGGUCCUAACUUCUACCGCAUCGGGAAAGUUGAAUACGAUCUCCAUGGACCGGAUUAUGUGCAGUCUUUCAAGCUUAACACGAUUGUUGACGUUAACACUAUUCGUGUCGAUAAGGUUGUUUUCCGUGUGACUGAGAAUUGGGGUGCGAAACACACUUGCAUCUACCGUUUCAAGUUGCAUGGACAUGUCUAA